CUAGUUUAAGCGCGGGGUUUCGUGUGAUUCGAAUCAGCCGUCAGCUGAUAUGAUGCAGGUGCCGUUUGAUGGUACGUCCCUGGACCUACAUGCAAAUCUUCAAAUUCGAGAUGCAUGUCAACUUAAUACACAAGUUGGAGGUUUUCAAACUAUUCAUCCUUCAUUUUCAUCUUGCAUAUAUCCAUCUCUCGAACAAACAAUUAAUUCAGUAAACACUGAUGCUUUCAAAAAAGAAUACAACUAUGAUGCAGAACUUCAAAGACAUAUACUCCCCUCUCUUACACUAAAUAACUUUGGCUUGCAUCACUCAACUUCUGGUUCCAUAAAUCCUAUGCCUCCCAUUACGUACUCACCUGGAGUUUGUCCACAUCCAUACGUGCAUCAGACGUUUUCAAAUGCUGAUUCACCGUCUACCUCAACUGACGUACAGGAUAACACGAUUUGUCCGGAUAUAAAGAGACGAAGUCGAGGGAGAAACUCAAGACUUAAUUUCACCAAUAGUUCACCUGGUGUCGAUGAUAAACCCGUGUCACUGAGUACGAAGGACUCACAGAUAAGCUCUUCAGACUGCAAUUCCGACUGCAGUACCGUAACCAGGUCCUCCGAAAAAAUGAAGACGUCAGAUAAAGAUGAUCGCUAUAUUCAGCGUAGGCUGAAAAACAACUUGGCAGCUAAACGUUCAAGAGACAACCGCAAGCGUCGUGAAGAUACAAUAGCAUUACGUGCUAGCUAUCUUGAAAAAUCCAACUUGGUACUACAAACUCAGAUAUUAGCUUUAAAAAGGGAAGUUUGUUUGUUACGUGGUAUACCAUUUGAUCCAAACUACAAAGUUCGUGUUUUUAAUGACAAUUACUUAUCCUCUUGCCAAACUACUCCACAGUCUAAUGUUUCUACUGACUUCUCAAACGAAUGUCCUUUAUCAGAUUUUUCUCCUAUUGCAUGUUCAAAUCAGACCUUAAACUCUAAUGUUCCUUAUCCUCCAAUCACUGAAUUUCCCGGAAAUUGUGGGUGAAUGUUUAUUUGCUAUUUCUGUAUGUAAAUUACACAGAGCUUUCUAUUUAUUCUUUUUGAUAGCGAUUUUUAAAGAUGACUUCACAUUAAACUGACCAAAUAUUCGACUUCUAAUUCUACCCAUCUGUAUGAAUAUUUUGCAUUUCGGUACAGUCUAUCUAGUCUAUUUCUUAAUCUUUUUAGUUACUUUUGGACCGUUAUUUGCUCAAUUGACUAGGUUUAAUGUUAUAUAAUUGAUAUGUUUUCUUUGCUUAGUUGUAUUGUGAGUUCACGUGUGGUAUUACGAUUUAUAUUGUUCGUUAUAUUCGUAUAUCCUUAGAAGUAUUUUUUUAGCAAGUGAUUAUACCUGACCAGUCUUAUUUGCAUAAUCGUGUCAAAUCAUAGUGAAAACCAUCAGUAGAUUACCAGCAUAGGAAAAUAAGUAUAUGUUGAGUAUUAGGGGGGCGUAUUCUUUAUUCAUACAGUAUUUGCAACUUUCUGAUUUAGUUUGUGAGAGAUCAUUGCUGUAUGCAAUUAUACUAUACACUAGCGUUAAACUAGGUUCAUGUAAUAUUGCAUACACUUAUGGUAUCGUUCCUCGGAAGCGCUAAUAUCUUUUUUCGGUAGGUUCUAAUAAGAAACGUUCUCUAGGACAAUCUGCAGUCGUCAUAAUCAUUACGACGCUAUACUGAGGUUCACUUCUAAGCACCAAUAUUUAGAUCAUGUAGUUUAUACUAUCUAGUGAUGACUUUCAUUUUCUUUCUUACACUACAAGUUGAUUUUCCUAUUCUCUGCCAAUAAGUCCUGGUGUAAAGUCUUUCAAAGUGAGUAUAUAAAGUUAUUAUAUAUGUAUUUCCUAUCUGGGAUUAACGUCUGUUGUUCUUGGAAUGUCCAGUCGUUAAUGUAGUGACUGAUAUUCAUUUCUUAUCAAAAGCGUCUUCCAUAAAAAG